ACAGUUUGUUAUUGAGAAUCAGAACACUGUUUUGAAGAUUUUCCAGGUUGAAGAGGAAGUGUCUGGUCAGUAUGAGUGUAUUGGUACUAAUCUUGGUGGUGCCGACAGAGCUUCGUCUACAAUUACUGUUGUAGCUGCAGUUACGCCAACCAUCGACCAAGUAUCCUCACGAAUUGAAAAACUUGACGAUUUGUCACCGAUUACGUCAUCUGUUGGAGCGUCUAUAUUCAUGCUAGCAGGUGCACCCCUCACCCUGACCUGUCAAGCCAAGGGGGUGCCACKCCCUWCAUAUAMCUGGAGCUUYAAUGGUAAACCAAUCACAGGAGAGCAGUUCUCUGUGAUUGACAACUCUUUAGUUGUCAAUCAAACUAAACCAAGUGAUUCAGGACGGUAUUUCUGCACAGCGGUGAACGUGGUAGGGAAGGAUCAACGUUUCUCCGAUGUCAAGAUUACUGCUCCAACUAAGCCUCAAAUCCAGGGCACUCCACGAAACAUUGAAGUCCAGGUACAGGGUCCUAUUGCUUCAGAUGUUGGAAGUGUAAUUCGAAGCGUGGAAGGAGCAAGUCUACAGUUGACAUGUAACGCUUURGGUCUGCCGAAGCCACUUGUUCAAUGGAAGUUYGGAGAGAUUGUAUUCUCGGGACGUUUGUUAAAACUUACUGAGUUGAGUCCUGGUGACUCGAAGAAUUAUACGUGCGAGGCUCGCAACUUGGCUGGUACUGUUCGAAAGACAACUUCUCUUAUUGUACAAGCUAUUCGUAAACCUUCCAUCAUUAAGUCAAAAGAAGCCUUAUUACAAUUGGAUAGAAUUCAUCCAAUCAGAGCAGUCAUCGGACAGACUGUCACGGUCAUCCGAGGAAGUGUCGUGACAAUCGUGUGUAACGCAAGAGGUUACCCGCCACCAGCUAUUACAUGGACCAAGGAAAGAAUUGCUUUGCAGAGCUUAAGGGACACAAGAGGAUUCUCUGGAAAACGCUUCAACACAACUCUUUAUGUAUUAACCAUUGAUACUAACGUUAAAACUAAAGAUUUUAAUGGUCAAUAUGAGUGUCUUGCGAACAAUAUCGGUGGGAUGGACGGUGCGACAACUAAUCUAAUUGUUAAAGAACCAGCAAAGGCCGCUAUCAGAUCAACAACUCAAACAGGAUCCCUUGGCCUCAUCAAGUCCCUCUCAUCACGUGACCCCCUUACUAUAACAAUUGGUGACAAUGCAGAGCUCCUUACAAAAACAGUACUUACCAUCAGGUGUCCUGUCGUCGGACUGCCAACGCCUCAGGUCACGUGGUUUGCUGGUCGUAGGAAGGUUAUCAGUGGAAACAAGUACUUAGUAGGGAGGGGUGUGGAUUUGACGAUCGGCAGUAAAUCGUUUCCAACGACUGAGUUCGAUUCUUUGAUAUAUGCGUGUGUUGCGUCUAAUGUGUUAGGAAAAGACAGGGCUUAUUCGAAGGUUCGCUUUAUUGAACCAAGGGCGCCAAAGAUUUUAACAGUUUCAGGCAAUUUYAACUUCCCCAUCAAUGCAACCUUCGUUCUUACCAUUGGCAGUAGCGUGACAGCUGUCACGGGCAGCGUGAUAACGAUAUUGUGUGACGUUGGUGGUCUUCCUGAUCCAGAGAUUGUAUGGACUAAAGAUGCUGUGAUUAUAGAGGCAAGCGGAUCGCGUUUGAUUAUCAACGGGACUAAGAAAUCAGACUCUGGUGUUUACGAAUGUACAGCAACGAAUCUUGGUGGAUCGAGAAGGGAAAGAUCUUCAGUGAAAAUUGAAGAUAUCAAGGAAAUUACAGAAAAACCGAAGAUUUUCAAAUCUAAUCAAACCCUUAUUGCAUCGGAAAACAAACCUUCCUUUACCUUUGUCAUUGGAGGGAAUAUCACGAUCUUGGAGGGUAAAGACCUUGUGCUGCAGUGUCCUACUGUUGGUUUGCCAAAGCCUAAGGUGUCUUGGAUCUUUAAUAACACUCCAGUGGUCGAGUCAGAUACUCUAACUGUGGACCCUUUAACGAAAGCCAUCACAAUACUAGAAAUGACUCGUGAAGAGACCGGUAUGUACGAGUGCAUUUCUAAGAACGUCGCAGGACAAGACAUUGCAGUUACCUACGCUAUUGUUGUGGGUCCCAAGGCACCGAAAAUAAAGACCACUUCAAAUACAUAUUACCGUUUGAACCCUAAUCGAAGUCCAGUCACAAUCAACAUUGGUGAUUCAUUGACCACGUUCAAGGGUACUCGUGUUACUAUAAACUGUCCUUCUACUGGAUUUCCUGAUCCAAGAAUACAAUGGAAUCAAAAUGAUAAAGCAUUAACACCACAAAUAUCUAUAUUCUUGAACGGUUCCAUGUUGAUCUUAACCAACCCUGAGGUCGCUGAUACUGGGAAAUAUACAUGUCUCGUGACAAACCCUGGAGGAUCGCAAAAUGCGAGCUCUAAAGUCACUUUCUUGGCUCCCAAGCCACCAAAAAUCAUCACACAGGGACGUAACAUUGAAUUCCUCAAACGUGGAAUGGUAACUCUUCGUAUCGGAAGCAAUUUGAAAGUCCUUGCUGGAAACACUAUUGAACUAUUGUGUGACGCGACUGGAGUACCUAAACCUACCUUAACCUGGAAAAAAGACGUUAAUGUCUUACGAUGGGUGCGCCGUAGUCUUUUAGUGAACAAUAUACGAGUUAGGGAUAGUGGGCAAGUUAGUUGUGAAGCAAAUAAUUACUUUGGUAAAGAUAUGAAGUCAUCCGAAAUCACUGUUAUUGCCGGACGCAGACCAUCGAUCAAGUUUUCCAGACAAUCAAUCACCAAAUUGUCAGGCUACGUUAACGUAUCAUCAAACGUUGGGUCGAAAUUGAAACUCAUCGAACGGUCCAACGUAGAAAUACGGUGUACUGCCACAGGGAUCCCAACACCGAUGUACUCAUGGAGUCAUAAUAACAAGGCGAUUGUAAAUGAUAAGAGAAUUUCUUAUGAUAAUUCGACUGGAGUGUUGGUUAUACAGGGCGUCAGGAUGCAGGAUGCGGGAUUGUUCAGAUGCGAUGCUAUGAAUGCUCUUGGAAAGGAUCAACGAGUCAGUCGCUUAGACGUCUUAGCUAUAAAAAAUCCUAUCAUCGCCGAAUCUAAUAAUCAAGUCAACAACACAACACUUACUACGAUAUUGGCUCAAAUAGGAGACAAUGUUACUGCCUUAGUGAACACYACUAUUACAAUCAACUGCCCUGUAACUGGAUUUCCUAUGCCUGUGACGUCAUGGACCCGUAAUGCCUUGCCUGCUAAAGGAGAUCGCUUUACUAUAAAAGGUUCUGCUUUAAUUAUCAGSAAAGCUCAGAUCGCUGACCAAGGUAUUUACAUCUGCACAGCAAGUAAUAUUGGUGGGAAGGUCACGGCGAAGACUAGACUCAUCUUGGAUGCUGGAAAUAUGCCAACAAUUUUAAGCAGUGAUGAUGUCAUUUUCGACCAAUCAAAUUUUGUCCAGAGAACAGCUACUAUCGGAAGUCCAAUAUCRUUGCUAUCAGGAUCAAGAUUGAAGCUUCAAUGUCCUGUCACCGGGCUUCCUGUGCCUAAAGUAUCAUGGAAGGUUGACGGUAGAGUGUUUGUUGGUGGACCUGGUGUUGUGAUUGACAAUGUCAAUCAUGUUCUAACAGUAAACAGACUGAACCGAGGGCACUCAAACCGCGUUGUCAUGUGCACAGCGGCGAAUACCCUGGGAGCUGUGAGCGCAUCAAGUAGACUGACAGUUACAGAUCCCAUUCCUCCUAAAAUCACAACUUCAAAAACACGACUUGAGCAGCUUGACAGUCAAGACCCAGUUUACGCACGGAUCGGUAGCACUCUUAGAAUCCUAUCCGACACUUCUGUGUCAUUGAAAUGUCAAGCAUCAGGUCUACCUAAACCUGAAGUAGCCUGGACACUACCCAACAUUCCAGUGACGUCAGAGGGUCACGUGACAUUUGACAAUGACACGUUGAAGAUUGUAAAGGCGGGAAAAGAUUAUAGUGGGACGUACACGUGUAAAGCGACCAACCUUGUUGGGAUGACUACCGCUAGCUCUACUAUUACUGUGGAUGAGGUCAGUGGUCCUUCCAUCGAAGCAUCUUCACAAGUCUUUAACACCAUACAAAGCACCAAGCCUGUCAGUAUCAUGAUUGGRUCCAACCUUACAGCACUUUCCACAACAGAUAUUGCUAUCCAAUGCUCUGCCACCGGGGUUCCUGURCCUGUGACGUCAUUUUUCAAAGAUGGCGGUAUYAUCAAUGAAGAUCACGUGRUUGUACAGGGUUCAAAGCUUGUAAUUACAAAAGCGCGUUUCACUGAUGGAGGAGAGUAUACUUGUAGAGCAAGGAGCUUGUCUGGGGACGUGACAGUGUCUUCACAUGUUACUAUCAUCGCUGGACAAAAACCUCUCAUAUCGACCAGCGAAGAAGUGGAGUCACACCUCGAAGGCUUCACUAACUUAACGACAACUGUUGGUGCCUCCGUGUCCAUUCUCACAGGGUCUGGUAUCAGACUUCUGUGUCCUGUUAAGGGGGUUCCAAAGCCUGUUGUUACGUGGAGGRUUGAUUCAAGGGCAAGAAGUAACCGUGCUGUAUUUGAUAAGAUGUCGAAUUCRUUAACUAUUCCUAAACUUCGUGCUGAGGAYUAUGGAAACUAUAUUUGCAUUGCUAAGAGCAUCCUUGGACAAACCAGUGCCUUGAGUGCUGUCAACGUUAUUGACCCGUUUGGACCUGAAAUCGACUCAUCAAAACAAUCCAUCGCAGUUCUCAAGGUAGAUGUMCCCGCCAAAGUUCGUAUCGGCGCACGAGUGACAGUUCUAUCUGGAGUUACAUUAUCGAUAAUUUGUAAAACGUCUGGMCUCCCUCGCCCUAAAAUUACAUGGACAUUAAAUGGACAGACGUUAGACACUAAGAAUCACGUCACAAUCAAGGGGGAUUCCCUGGAGAUUGUAAACUCAGGUGCGGAAGAUAGUGGGGAAUAUAGGUGUACUGCUUCCAGUGCUAUGGGAGAAGAUACUGCUAAGACUGUUUUGACAGUUCAAAGUGGAAAAAAGGCACGAAUUACAACUGCUGGRCGGAAAGUCUCUCUACUGACAGGAAUCGCUAACUGGACGACYUACAUCGCGGAUAAUGUUACCAUCUUGAAAGGAUCMGARSUCGUUAUCCUGUGCCCAACUGAAGGUGUUCCUGCGCCUGYUGUCUCRUUCCUUUAUGACGGAAAACCAUUACUGACYAAUAAUAGAAUUAAGGUGGAUUUAAAAGACARAUCCAUUCGAAUAAAAGAUUUGAAGAUUAAAGAUUCUGGAACGUUUACAUGUGUUGCGAGAAACGUCAGAGGAGAAGAUAGGAAAAGUUCUAUUCUGAAUGUGUUAGUACCAUUUGGCCCAACUAUGAAAAUAUCUAAGAAACCCAUCGAUGGGUUAAAAUCUACCAAACCAGUCACGCURUCGAUUGGAUCCAGCGUGACAGCACUUGUCAACGCAACCAUCAUCAUCAACUGUGAGGUCAGYGGUCUUCCUAUACCAAAGGUUUUCUGGAUCAAAGAUGGCAAGAUGGUUGAUUCAAAAGGUCACGUGACCGUCGAUAAAAAUGCGUUAAAGAUCGAUAAAGCGUUGCUAAGUGAYCAAGGUGUUUAUACCUGCACAGCACAUAGUGACGUUGGUUCUGUAUCUGGCGUUUCYAAGGUUACAAUCAAAAAACCAAUUCCACCUAAAAUCAAAUCAUCAAACAAAACAAUCACCUCCUUAACACAGCAAAACCUCGGCAUCAUCAUCGGUCAAACCGUCAACACGCUGACUCGUAUUGAAUUCAACAUCACUUGUGAAGUCGAAGGUUUACCACAGCCUGAAAUUAUCUGGAAAAGAAAUGGUGUUAAGCUUCCGGCUGACGGUCGUACGUUUAUCAACGGCCCUAUCAUUUACGUGACUGGGACAUUGGCGAGUGAUACUGGGUACUAUAUUUGUGAAGCGGUAAACGUCGCUGGGAACAAGACAGCGGUCUCUAAACUGAGUAUUCAAGAACCGAUUCAGCCUCAAAUCAAUUCAACUUCCGAACGAAAGUUCCAGGAUUUGCGACCUGUAACUAUUCAAACAGAGAUUGGUUCUUAYAUAAAGACACURGAAACUAGUAAUGUUACUCUGACAUGCGCAGCWAGUGGCUUYCCAACACCUACCAUUUCCUGGAAAAAAGGUGUAACGACCCUAGAGGGUCAUGGGAACACGACAUACUCYAUUAUUGRUGCUAAGGUYGCUGACAGUGGGAUUUACACGUGCACAGCCAGGAAUAUCAAAGGGUUGGACUUCAGAACAACUAAUAUCACGAUUGUCGCUCCAAUUAGGCCAGUUAUUCAUACAGCAUCCGAAAAUCUCAGCGUUCUUCGCCUUGAGCCCGUGACUACAAAUCUUGGUAAAUCCGUGUCUACUUUAACUGGUAACACAAUCAUCUUGAGGUGUAACGCAACGGGCGUACCGUCACCCUCAUUACAGUGGUUCAAGAAUAACGAAGAACUCAAGAACACCGACAAUACGUUAACCAUACAGGAUGGAAAAGCAAGCCAAUCUGGUAUCUACWCUUGCAUCGCGAGAAACCUUGCAGGAGAGACGAAAGCAAGCACAGAUCUAAGGAUAUUAGAUGGGAAGUCUCCAUCAAUCCUUACUUCCAACGAAACCGUUACCAGGACAACGCAGAUUACAUAUAUCGUUACUAAGGUCGGUGGUGUCAUCAAUACUUUGCUGAGUGCCAAUGUAGAAAUAACCUGUCAGGUCAGCGGGUUUCCCCCACCGAAGGUCACGUGGUUUAAGGGUGAUAACGAGGUUCGUAGUGAUCCUACAAUCACAGUGAAUAAGAACGAGGCUUUGAUGUUUGUUAGUAUUGCACUGAGGAGRUCUGGAAUCUAUAAGUGUGUVGCUACCAAUCCUCUUGGGUCUGCCUCGGCCACGACGAUUCUGAAUGUUAAAGGCCUUAAACAUCCAUAUAUCAAUAGUAGUCGUGGUGUCAUCAAAAACCUCGAGUCACGUGACCACCGUAGAAUCUUUAUUGGUCAAGAUCUCAUUGUUCUCUCUGGAACCAACAUUUCCAUCACUUGUCCAUCUGGUGGUAUCCCGAUACCCGAAGUUACUUGGAAAACUGGAAAUGGUGACGGUUUGCCURUUGAUCGAUUCAGUGUUUAUGGACGAGAGUUGAACGUUGUUAAUGUUACUGGAGAGGAUACUGGACGAUAUGUUUGCCAUGCUGAGAAUGUUAUGGGAGAAAUAUCGCACGGCUCAAACCUCAAUGUCCUUGAUCCAGAAAAACCGUUUAUUUCUAAAAAGUACGAWGACUUMAAAAUCAUUGCACGAGAACCAGUGCAAGCGACCAUUGGCUCUAAAAUCACCACAAUUCCUGGCAAUAGACUAACUCUAACGUGUAAUGUUAGCGGGCUUCCUGAGCCUAAGAUUGUCUGGAAAAGGAACGACCUGCUUGCGCAAAAAGGUGGAUCUACCUAUGAAAUAUCUUCACUGACAACAUCAGAUACUGGUGCUUAUACAUGCAGUGCUAGUAACUUGGCUGGAGAGGUGACAGUGACAUCACACGUCUUUGUUCUCGUUGGCAGUAAACCUAGAAUAGUYACCCCUAAAGUCAACGUGAAAGCAACAGAAGGUGAAAACGACGUUAGCAUUGAAGUCGGUGGUAAUUUAACGACAAUAGUAGGAACUGGUGUAGAAAUACACUGUAAAGUCGAGGGAAUACCACGCCCAACGGUCACGUGGUUAGUUAACGGCUCCGUUGCCUUGACDACGGCUGAUCGGUUCGACAACAAAGAGACCAAUGAUUUGAUUCUGCUUGGAGUGAAAUUAAAUGACAUUGGUUUUUACACGUGUUUUGCUAACAACACCUUUGGUCACGUGUCGGAGACAACUCACCUUAGCGUCUUUGCUGCUAAAGGACCGGUUAUCCGAUUCUCCAAGUCCCAAAUAGAGGACUAUGAUGCUAUGGAACACAGGAUAACAAUAGGGGACAGCUUGACUACAUUAAUCAGUACAACUGUCACUAUAGUAUGUAAUGCCACAGGGAACCCACCACCUACAAUAACCUGGACAAAAUCAGGUUCUACGCUACUUCAAAGAAGACAAUUCAAAGCUGAAAAUAACACCUUGAAAAUUCAUGUUAGUUCUUGGUCUGAUACUGGACAGUACGAAUGYACUGCGACCAACGCGGCGGGAAUGGAUAGAAGRACCUCMUUCAUUAAGUUUGUCCCUCCAGAAAAACCCAUUAUCAACCGGACGUCAGUCAUCAUUGAAACUUACAACAGAAARCCCGUAACCAUGGCAAUAGGYAGUACUCUUAAAACCCUGACCCAGACCCCUAUCACUAUCACAUGUAACGCMUCUGGGAUCAGCACACCWAMGUACUCAUGGGAAAGGAAGGGAGYACCUAUUGUACCCUCKAAACAGUUUGAAAUAUCUAAGGAUGGUAARGAGUUGACACUUCGUGAUGUAAGCWUAGAUGAUUCAGGGAUUUACAGCUGUACCGCAAGUAAUAAAGCUGGUCAAGACACAGCAAUGUCACCUAUUCUAAUGACUGAACCUUCGCUACCAGUAAUUCGGGCCACUGACGAAAACAUCACUUGGUACGACAGAUUGCCCGUGUCCACCCGUGUUGGGGGUGAAAUAUUAGCCCUCACUGGUACCCAGGUCACUAUUACUUGUCAGGCUCGCGGUUUUCCCGAGCCCAUGGUKUCCUGGAGACUAAAUGAUGARACUAGUGCCCUUGAGACCGAUGGUCAGUAUAAGCUGGUAAACGACAGUCUUGUGAUUUUUGCUGUUCAACCCAGCGAUAGCAGUAGAUACCGAUGUAUUGCCAGUAAUUUGGCAGGAAAUGUCCAGUCACAAACCAAACUGAAAGUCAUUGAUCCUGAAGAGCCAGUAAUUUUAAUAUCCGACAAGAUCAUCAGAACAGAAGACCGUAUUCCCGUCACAGCAAUUAUCGGAGAUCGUAUAGUGGURUUAUCCGGUACUACGGUAUCAAUCCAAUGCCCUGUUAAAGGAAUUCCCGUACCAGCCGUGUCCUGGAGUAACGGUGGAAAGUUUCUCCAACCAAAAGAUGUUAAGCGGACGUUAGUAUUGAAUAAUACAUCGUCUGCUAAUAGUGGCGAGUACACGUGCACUGCUAUAAGUCCUAUUGGUGGCGAUGUUGCGUCAUCAACGGUGUUAUUCACAGAUCCACUAAAACCAGUCAUCCAGAUUCCAUCAAUCUCCAAAGUGAUUCAAUUAAGCACCAAAGCCAAAGUAAACAUCACCGUCCCUGACACAGUGACAGUAUUCGAAGGAACAACUKUAGUUAUUGAAUGYCCUGCUAUUGGUUUACCAAAACCUAWAAUAACAUGGGAAAAAGAUGGCAAAAAGCUUACAAGCUCUUCUUCUGGUAAUACUCUGACUGUAAUACUUAGUGGAGUAUCAGAUGGYGGUGUGUUUACAUGCGUGGCUGAAAAUCCUGAAGGCACUGCACGUCAGAGCUCAGCGAUUAAGGUUAUUGAACGAUCCGCCCCAAAAAUCAACUCUAAAUCAGGACUAAUAGAUUCUCUUGAUAAGCAACAAGCMACGAACGCUACCAUUGGUCAGAAGAUUAAAACCCUAACWAAGACRYCAGUCUAUAUCAAGUGCCCCGCCACAGGGAGCCCAGAGCCUAUUGUUACAUGGAGUAAAUCRGGCGAUUUGAUAACCWCUGGGGAGSGAAUCUCAGUGACUAAAGAUGGGUAUCUUGUAAUCCAGAAUGGUCGAACAUCUGAUAGCGGGGACUACACGUGUACUGCAAGUAGCAUAUUGGGCCUAGACUUAGCAAUGUCGACCAUUAUYAUAAUGAACCCAACAAAACCCAAAGUGCUGAGAUCUACUGGGUAUAUAAUCUGGUACGAGCAUCGCCCCUUCAAGAGCACUAUAGGAGACAACYUGACAACAAUGAAGGGUCGUAAGCUAACUCUUGUCUGUCCAGCGAAGGGUAUGCCACGCCCUGAAAUCGCAUGGUAUCGAGGUGGCGAGAGAAUGAUYAACGAAGAAAAUAUUGUCAUAAAUGGGAAUACUCUARUAAUAUCCGAYCUUAGUGUGUUCGACACGGACCGGUAUACCUGUGUCGCUUAUAACUAUGCCGGUGCAGAUGGUGCAACCACGACCUUGAAAGUUUUUGAUCCCGUUGCCCCGCAGAUCUUUCCUUCUACUGGACUGGUCGACGCGCUGUCCGGUUACAGCCCCGUCAAAGUAACUGUCGGUCAAGACGUAAUCGCUCCCGUCAAAAGCGAAGUCAAACUGAUAUGYCCAUAUAAGGGUGUACCACGSCCUAAGGUGCUUUGGAUCAAAGACCAUGUGGCUGUUACCUCUGACGAUACGAUCGAGGUGGACUGUAAUGGAACUAUUAAGUUUCAUGGUAUCAGGGCGAGUGAUGCUGGCGAGUUUGUUUGUUAUGUGGAGAGCUUUCUUGGCAUWGAUAUGGCACUUUCUCACAUCAAACUUGUUGAAAGAAGCAUUCCUGUUAUUCAAAAAUCGAACAAUGUCAUUCCUCUAAGUGACAAGAUUAAAGUCACAGCUACAAUAGGRGAUAACGUGACAGCGUUACCWACCCAGACAAUAGAAAUCAAGUGUAACGCAACRGGRAUACCUWAUCCUACCAUCAAAUGGACAAGAAACGGUGUUCAGAUCAAAUCAGUAGGGAUGUAUUCUAUUGAUGAGAGRGGRACACUGACUAUCAACGGKGCWGGYAGAGAUGGUUUGUAUCAGUGCGURGCRACGAAUGACCAGGGAUCUGAUAGUGGAACCACACAGGUUACUGUCAAAGAGCCAAAGCCUCCAGAGAUUAUAUCACCAAGAAAUCCAAAGAACAUUCCCUUUACGCAUAACAAGAACGUGACAAUCAAUAUCAGAGAUAACGUGACCGCACUGCCKGGUUCAAAUAUMACCAUUAAGUGUCACGCAAUCGGUGUUCCUGAUCCAAUCGUGACAUGGCUUAAAGAUGAUAACGUGACACAUUCUGUUAAUAAUGACAAUUCAUUGGUUAUAAACAAAGCGUUAGAAUCGGAUGCAGGACGAACCGACCAAACCAGCGAUCGAUCGGCCAAUAGAUCCACGCAACAUCCCACCCACAGAUACCGAUCACGUGACACUGAGUGUGGGUGAUAAUGUGACAUCAUUGGUUGGUUCUCGGUUGCUGAUCGACUGCGAUGCGGACGGUGAUCCACCACCGAUCAUCACCUGGACUAGAAAUGGCAAAGUGAUAAAGAAGGACRAUAGUUUGUUCGUGUUACAUACUAAUGGAUCUCUAGAGAUUCCUAAAGCAAUGCUUGGACAUGCAGGUAGAUAUGUUUGUACUGCCACCAAUGUUGGGGGUCAAGACAGCGAAGAGGUGUAUGUCAAUGUGAUAGAACCUCAAAAGCCAACAAUCUCCACACCAGACAAACCAACCAACAUAUUUAACAAAGACUUGACUCCAGUAACCAUGACAAUCAGUGACAACGUAACUGGUGUUGUUGGUACGACAAUCAGUGUGGACUGCGUGGCGAGUGGAGUCCCUACACCAACCUUAACGUGGACCAAGAAUGGCAAAGUCCUUCGUAACGUUGAUGGAUACGUGGUUCAUACGAAUGGUACACUUACGAUAGCCCAAGCUGGUCUUAAUGAUACGGGACUUUAUACAUGUACAGCGAAGAAUGUGGUGGGAGAGGAUAGCGCGACGUCGAGUAUACAUGUUAUCGAACCAUCAAAGCCAAAUAUCAUUCAACCUGACAAACCCAGUACCAUUCCCCCUUGGCAAAUUGGUCACGUGAAUGCCWCAAUUGGUGACAACAUUACAACUCUCACUGAUUCAAACAUUACCGUUCACUGCCCUGCUAAUGGCGCCCCUCCACCAAAAUGGAGUUGGAGUAAGGAUGGAGAGAAGAUCAUUCCAGGAAACAAGUACAGUAUGUUGAAAAAUGGUACUUUAGUCAUCACGAAGAUUACUAUUGAUGACUCAGGGACAUACCGCUGUACCGUAGAGAAUAUUGCAGGCAAAGUUGAUGCAAUAACUCGUAUAUUAUCAAAAGCACCCGAAGAACCUAAGAUUAAUAAGACAGACAAACCAACAAACAUUUCUAGUAACGAUACAAAACCAUUAAACAUGACUGUGGGCUCAAAUCUCACAUCAAUCGCCAAUACAACCAUAAGAAUCAAUUGCUUGGCCAGCGGAUUUCCCUCACCGACUAUACGGUGGAAGAAAGAUGGCAAACUGUUGUUGUUGGAGGAUGGUUACAAGAUUGAACAAGAUGGAUCCUUGUUGAUCGAGGAUGCUAAGCCUGAGGAUAGUGGACGAUACACAUGUGAAGCAGAGAAUGUACAGGGACAAGACAAGGAGUCAUCUACGAUCAAAGUCAUAAAACCCAUCAAGCCUCAUAUUAAAAGACCUCCAGUCAGUUCCAUUGAAUCAAUAGAAAUGCACAAACUUAUCAACGCUGGUGUUGGUACCCAAAUCACCACGCUAACAGAAAACUCGAUCGUGUUGGACUGUGUGGCAACUGGACUUCCUCAGCCAAAGAUUACCUGGACAAAAGACUUCCUGCCAAUCAGUUCAGGGAAGUUUUACCAAAUUUUACCAAAUAAUAGUCUGGUUAUCGAGAAAAGCCAGCUGGAAGAUGUUGGGGAAUAUACUUGCACGGCGAAAAAUGACUUUGGUGAAGAUAAAUUGACAUCUUUUAUCGAUUUGAUCGGUGURAUAGAUAAAGAAGAUUUCCAAGAAAUCAAUGCAACCAUUGGCCAUCACGUGAAAACGCUCAGUCGCGUCAAUAUCACUGUCACGUGCUCUGCACGUGGUGUACCUACGCCCAGCAUUGAAUGGAUGAAUGGCGGGAAAAUGCUUGACGUUAAAGGACCCUUGUUGAAACUCAGUAACGUAAACCAAUCCCUUGCUGGGAAGUACACCUGCAUUGCUACAAAUAUUGCUGGAAAUGCUACUGCUUCAUCUAUGAUUCACGUUAAAGAACCUGUAACUCCAGUCAUUCAAAAAACAAACGAAGAACUCGUGGUACACGAAGUGACAUCGGUAUCGUCUAACAUUGGAGGAAGCAUCGAAACCUUGAUUGGAUCCAAUCUCUUGCUUCUUUGCAAUACCACAGGAUUCCCACGUCCACAAGUUAAAUGGACAAUUGCUGGAAAUCCCAUUAGAAAUGGUGAUCGAUAUGUUUUUAGUGAAAGAAGUUUGAGAAUUUUUGGUGCGCAGCCGAGAGAUUCGUCGGCGAUCACGUGCACUGCUACAAAUAUUGUGGGCGAGGACUCUGCAACGACUGAAUUAAUCAUCAAAGGCCUCCUUCAACCAACAAUCAGUGUAGUCAAGAAAACAAUCAAAGACUUCAACAAAUCUAAGCCAAUAGGAGUCACCGUUGGUACUCAUCUCAUCACCGGGCCUGGUACGGUAAUUGUGGUAUCKUGCCCAGUUCUUGCGCGACCAAGAGCUAAACUAUCUUGGCAAAGAAAAGGCGUUCCCAUACUUCCUAGCAAGAAGUACAGGUUCAAUACUGAUAAUUCAAAGUUAACUAUCAUUAAUGUUGGGUUUGAUGAUGCCGGGUCGUACGUCUGUACUGCCUUUAACCGUGCAGGAACUGAUUUYGCCAAGAUUGAUAUGACAGUUGCAACUCCUCCUGUUAUAACGAACGUCAGAGGAUCAUUUGACGUCACAGACAUCCGGGAACUCRUCUCCAUACAAACAGGUGCCGUAGUAACAAUACCUCGAGGGGUAUCUAUCAGAAUCCAAUGUGAAACCAAAGGCAUCCCAACACCUAAUAUUACUUGGUUCAGGGUUCCUGAGGGGACUAAAACACGACAACCAAUAGGCCUGUUUACUAGAGGUACAUAUGUCGAUCAAAAUGGAUUCCUGUCGAUCGAGAGAACCAAUGACUUGGAUAUUGCUCAGUACAUCUGUGUUGCUACUAACAUAGCAGGCAGUGAUGAGGGUGUUACUCAUCUCAAUGUUGGAGUUGUGCCUCCGUUACCUGGUCAGUGGUCUGCCGCAAGAAAGUUCACAAGACCACGCAUUGAACGAGUUGAAUCCAUGGCAACGGUUGUGCGAGGAUCAAUCGUACGUAUACGUUGCGCUGUUUACGGAUCACCAAAGCCUAGAAUUACGUGGAUAGUGGUCGGUAAUAAACGUAAGGAUCAUUGGGUUAUUCAUCCUGAUGGAACUCUUGAGAUUCCUAAAGUAGACUUCUCUGAUGAAGGAAACUAUACUUGUAUUGCUACGAAUGCUUAUGGAAAGACCUUUAGGAGUACAAACCUACAAAAAACUCGUCCUGCUGCGGUAGAGCGAUCAAGAAACCUCAUUAUUGGGUGUCCAGUAAUAGGACGACCAAAACCUUCCAUUYUGUGGCUGAGAAAUGGCAUGAAAGUCCACAAUGACAGUAAACAUUGGAUAACGGGWGGUAUUCUCAUGAUUAACAGCGUUUCACCAGCAGAUGCUGGAGAGUAUUUCUGUUACGCAAAAAAUACUGCUGGUGAAGACGGAGGUGGAAUAGACUUGCAUAUCCGUUCCAAGAUUAUCGGUCGUUGGCUGGGAACACCCUGGAGUGAGUGCAAGAACUGCUACGAAAACUUCAAAGGUUAUAAAAAACGAACAGUAAACUGUGUGGAUGACAAGAGUAACAUUGUCCCUGUAUCGUACUGUGCUGGGUUUCCACGACCUGCCACACAACAAAAGUGUAGAGCACGKUCUUGUGAAGCUAUUUGGGUAACCAAACCUUGGUCGGCGUGUUCUGCUCUGUGUGGUGGUGAUGGGAUCAGAACACGAGAUGUUAGCUGUGUAUUCUACAGAAGUCUUCUUCCUGCCAAUGGUCACUGUCCAGGACAAAAACCAGACACAUCACAGCCUUGUAACAGAGGACCAUGUGGACUAAGACAAUGUAAAGAUAUCGUUAAUUAUUGUCAACAAAUCAAACAGCGAGGGUUAUGUAGAGCCUUCAAGCAAUAUUGCUGCGAUACUUGUGGAGGACAAGCGUCAGUAAUUCAACAACAAUAGUUUCAAUAAACAUCCACAACUUUAGCGUCAAUUCGUCUUGGYCGAGCUGGUAAAAACACCCAAUAAAAUGCAUCCCCGAGUACAGUAAAGCAGUUUCCUGAGUUGUUCUUCCUUUGGCUUGUUUUCGCAAGAGCCUCGGCCUUUGAUAUUUUAUUAUAUAACAUAUUUAUCGUUGUUUUGUUGGAAGAUAUUUAGGAACAAUUUACUAAACACGCGGAGUAUCAAGAACAUCUAGAUAUGUACUUUAUGUUGCAUUGGAUUGUCACGCUAGGUCUCAGACCCUUGUCAUAUUAAUUGGACGAUGCUGCCUGGUGACAAGAAUAUCAUAAAUAACUAUCAAUGUAUUUUAAGAUGUAUGGUUAUGCGGUCUAAUUUUAAUUKCAAACCUGUUAAAAUUAUAAGAAUUUCAAAUUAAAUUACAAUGGUCUAUGCA